GGAGUACGUUAUCUCAGGGUCAGCCUCAAGGUAAAAUCAAGUGGCGCUGGUAGGUUUUCGCCUGAAAGUUCGGUGUUUUUACACACCUUGAAUGCUGCAGAGAACAUGAAAAGUGAAAUGGCAAAACAGCAUAAUGCAAAUUUUGUGUCUUCCUUACAAAAAGCUAAUUGUGAGCAAAAUUCAAAACAGCAUCAUUGGUUAGAACAAUGCUAUGAAGUUGUUAUAUCUGCAAAAUCUGAUGUUGAUUCAUCUACUCUCCCGAUUGAUGGUGGUUCAGAUGCUGGUAUGUUUUGUGUUAUCGGUGCUCAAUUCGAUCCAUCUCGGAUUGUCUAUCAUGGUGUCAAUGAUAAUACUUCAAAGAAGUGUAUGAAACCUGGAGAUAUAAUUUUAGCUAUCAAUGGUUAUGAACUCUCAGGAUAUACAAAACGUGAUGCUAUUACAUUGUGUACUGCUUGUUUACAAUCACAAUCGCAUGUUCGACUACAUCUUAGUCCACCGCAUGCUUUAGCAACAAGUAGUACAAUGUUGUCAAGUUUUUUAGCUAUUUCAUUUGCAAUGGAUUCACCGGAAUAUGCUCUUCAAGAGAAAAUAAGAGAGAAUGUAUAUCAGCGUGUAGUUCCAUGUACGACUAGACUGCCCAGAGCAGAAGAAGUAGAUGGUGUACAUUAUCGUUUUAUGAAUGUGCCUCAAUUUCUUGCACUUGAACGUAGUGGACAAUUAUUAGAAAGUGGAAUGUACAAAGGCAAUCAUUAUGGUACACCGAGACCAGAUCCAGAUUCCACUGCAUUGGAUAGUAUAUUCCUAGAACAAUUUCAACCUUCAUCAUCAACAGAUAUUUCACAGAUUAGUGAUGAUGCAUGUAAAAUCCCACCACCGUUACCACCUUUGAGUUCCUUUAAUAAUACAUUCAGUGGAGGUGUUGUAAAACUCGGUGAUCCUGUUCAACCGCUGCCCACAUGUUCCCCGCCACCUCCACCGCCGAUUCGUAAUUCUUCUAUCACAAAAAACUCCACUCUUGCUUGUAAUAAUAACAAUAAUAAUAGUAGUAGUAGUAAUCAUAAUAAUAAUAAAUCGAAUGGUUUUCUUACUGCUCUGUCCACAAAUAGUGAUAAUAAUUAUGCUACAAAAACAUCAGAUAUUACUAAUAAACAUAAUAAUAAUAGUAGUAUUGGUAAUAGUAAUCACAAUAACAACAUUGACAGUAAACAUUUAAAUGGAAUAAUUAAUGAUUUUGAAAGUAAAAUCUAUCUGCCUCGGCCAAAUUUCAAUCAUGAAACCAGUUUAUGGUCACCGACGAUUGGAUCACGUACAAAUGGGGAUAAUCAAACAGUGCAAGAGAUUGGUAAUUCUGUGGGGGCUGUCACCACUACCAAUGCUGAUGAAUUAGACAAUUGUACACCUAUUGAAGAAGGUAUCGAUAGUUUUUGUGAUCAAACUGCCUAUUCAGUUGAUAAACUGGAUCAACCCGGUGAACAUGUUCUACCAUAUGGUUGGGAAAUUGUACAAGAUAUUAAAUAUGGUACCUUUUAUAUUGAUCAUAUUAAUAAGCAUACACAAUAUGAACCGCCUACAGUUGAAGACUUUCAGACAGCUGAAAAGGUUCGAUUAAAACACCUGUCACAAUUGGACUCACUCAAGAACAACAACAACAGCAACAGCAACGAUAAUAAAAUAGUCACAAAUGUAAAUAAUCUGAAAUCGACUUCAAUUCAUGACACUUACAGCGAUGACAACAGUAAGAAAGUGAAUGGUGAUGCUAAUACUGACGACGACGACGACGCUGGCGGUGGACGUAUAACUCCAGUGACAUUCUGUUCAGAUUUGAAACAACUGAGAGGUCCAUUAGUGACUACAACUUUGGUGAAAAGUCCACGUGGUUUCGGUUUUACAAUUAUCGGUGGUUCUGAUUGUAAUCGAUCAGCAUAUUUACAGGUGAAACACCUUGUUCCAGGUGGUCCAGCUUCACUGAAUAGCCAGUUAGCUGUUGGUGAUGUUAUGGUCAGUGUGAAUGGUACAAAUGUACUCGGUUAUACACAUUCACAGCUAGUUUCAUUGUUUCAAUCAAUUCCAAUUGGCGCGAGUAUUAGUUUAUUAGUAUCACAAGGUUAUCGGUUGAGAAGAGAUAUUGGUGAAUCACCAAAUCAUCAUAUAAGGAAUACAAUACCUUCUAAUACUGGUCUAACAACUCCUGCAUCCGGAGUAAUUGAUAUCUCUGCUCAGAACACUACCAACAAAAAUAUCAAACAUGGCGAGGAUAUCUUAAAUGACUCACAUUCUUCUGAUUCACAUCUACCCGGUUCAUCAAGAAACUCUGCUCUCCUCUCGCAUUCAUCACUUUCACCUCCGCCUUCCAAUAGUAAUUCAUCUCAAGAACUAUUGGUUCGUUCUCCGCCCAAUGUUGUACAUGGUGUUGCUUCUAAUAAACUGCGAAAUUCACAAAGACCAGAAUUCUUAAAGGUGUCAAUUUUCAAACAAGCCAAUGGUUUUGGAUUCACCUUAGCCGACCAUCUUCAAGGUCAACAUGUGAAGGCUAUAUCAGAUCCUGUACGAUGUGGUCGCCUACGUGUUGGUGAUGUAGUUGUCGAGAUUAAUGAUCAACGUGUUAAAGAUAUGCCCCACGUUGAAGUGGUACAAAUAUUGAAACAAUGUCCAGUUGGGAAAGAAGCACGUCUACUUGUCCAACGUGGUGGUUUAUAUACAUCCCCUUUAUCGUUAUUGGAUUCUGAAUUGCUUGGUAUGAAUUCAUUAAAUUCGUUAAGUGAACAGCGUUACCGUGGGAAUAUUAUGAAUCAUCAAUAUGUAGAUAGUAUUCAUUCAAGUGUCAUAUCACAAUCCGAUACAAAUUCCACAACAACAACAACAGCAACACCACCAACAGUUCAUCCUGUCAAUGGUGGUACUGUUAUACCAACAAAUAUGAUGAAUGGUAAUGGUUUAAUUUAUGCUACACCACAACCUCAAAGAAAUCAUCUUUCCUCAAGAAUUGGUUAUCAUCAUAAUUCUGGUAGUACCGGUGAGAAUAGUAUCUCGUCAAGUAGUUCAUCACAUCUACGUGCACAAACUCCAGAUCCAUAUGUGGAUAGACGUUUAGGCUUGGAUAGUCCUACGCAUCAGCAUCAGCAUCAACCUCGUCAUCAUCACCAUCAACAACAACAGAACCAUCCUACUUAUCAACAUCAUCAAAUGUCAGAUCUAGUAUCUAACUCAAAUUUCGAUCAUUCAGAUUAUAUGCAUCAUUAUUCAAAUGGUAUUAAUAAUAAUAAUGCUAAUGGAAAUAAUUCAAAUUUAACUGUGAUUCAUGAUCGUCGUCGACGUGUGCAUCCUGUGGAUGAUAGUGUUGUCGGUAUGAAUAAGGAUACCUUCCCCUCUGGGUCACCGAAUUCAUCAGUCACAUACGGCUCAUUACUUAGACCUGGUCGUAUGCUCCCCUUACGUCAUUCCCAGUCAACUGUCAAUAGUAGACCUAAUAAUGGUGCUACUACUCUGCCAUCAGCGACAACAGAAGCAUCAACACCAGCACCAUUGUGUAUGCUUCCUGGAGAGUUUCUUGUUCACUUGAAACGACAAUCAACUGGUUUUGGAUUUAAUCUAGUCGGUGGAGCUGAAGAAAAUACUCAGGUAUCUAUAGGUGCAAUGCUUUUAGGCGGUUCAGCUCAAUUGAGUGGUGUCGUACGCACAGGCGACAAAUUGAUCUCAAUCGAUGGUGUACGUGUUAUCGGUGCAACACAUGCUGAAGUUGUUGAUUUGCUGGAUAGAGCUGCUCAUACAGUAGGUCAAGUGACAUUGGGUCUACAAAGAGGAAAGGUUGAAUUAGAUAAUCAUAGUGUGCCUCAUCAUCGUUCCUCAGAACCUGUGGAUGUUGUUAUUUCAAGAAGUGAAAAAGGCGAUGGUUUUGGUUUCUUUCUAACAAAUACAAGACCACCAUCAUUGGGUAAUUCUCAACCGGAACAUUCAUAUCCAGGCAGUAACAAUAACAGUAAUAGUCUUCAGAAUGCAGAAUUCAUUGCUCAACUUGUUCCUGGCAGUCAAGCUGAACGUAUGGGUCUACUAUCUGUCGGUGAUCAAAUAUUAGCUGUAAAUGGGAUUCCCACCUGUGGACUACAUCAUGACGAAGUGGUUCGUCUGAUACGUGAAAGUGGUAAUCAUAUCGCCUUGAAAAUUUUACCAUAUUCUAGCUCAGCUUCACGUGGACGUAAACAUCCUUUGCCGAUUAGAGAUUCAGUUGAAUUCCCGGUGACAUUGUUUCGUGGUAGUCGAGGUUUUGGUUUUUCUAUUCGUGGUGGACAAGAAUUUAAUCGGAUGCCGUUAGUAGUAUUGCGUAUUGCAGAUGGUGGUGCUGCUCAAAUGGAUGGUCAUUUAAAAGUUGGUGAUGAGUUAGUUGAAAUCAAUGGUUAUUCAACUAUUGGUAUGUCACACGGACAAGCUAUUGAAAUCAUUCAACGAGGUGGUAAUACAAUGCGAUUAAUUGUUCGACGACGUUCUACCCGUGUGAAGCCGCUAGCACAACAUCAACAUCAACUAUCCAACGGUUUAGCGUGUGUUACUGACAGUCGGAUAGUAACAGAACCAUCAUAAAGUCAGAGUAUCACAGAUAAACAAAUGCAUAGACGCAGUUUCAAUAAACACGACUCUUCAUCGAAUUGGUUUCAACGAUCUGUAGUGGAGAAGAAUCAUUCCUCACCUUCGAAUAAUAAUAAUACUAACAACAAUGCUCAUAAUCAGUCUCCAAGGAAAAGUGAUUUUCUCAGAUGGACAAUGCGUAAAUAAAUAAGUGAGCUGCAUUCAUAACUCACGUUUGUUUGUUCGCUGAUUUCCUCACGAAAUCUGUUUAGGUUAUUCAAACGCUUUUCCAGUUUAAUUGUUCUUCUCAUAUUUUGUAUCUACCGUCCAUCCAUCUGUUCCUCCCUCCUAAUACCUGCCGUCCAGUAACCCAUGUCAGUGAGCGCUGGUCAGCUCCCAACUGACAAGAUGUUCUAACCUCUUCUUUCUUGAAUACAUACGAUCGACGCUUCUACUUCUUCUUCCUGCUCUUCUUCGUUUUGAUGUAUAUGAAUGAAACACAGUGUAUGUUACCCCCCCCCCCCAUCGCCCUAAUAUUCCUUUUUGUUGCUCCUGGCAAUCCCAAUGAUUAUAAUUGAAAAAAACACAACUCUGAUCCAUUUAUUUUUUACAUGCGCUUUGUGUGUAUAACUACUGCCAAUGUCAUUAUCAGUAGUAUACCCACUAUUUAUGAUUAUUUUCAUCUUCACCAGUAAUUACUACUACCAUCAUGGUCGAGAUGGCGUUGGACAUGUGUGGAAAGGAAGUAGUCAAUCAAUCGAUCAACUUGACUGUGAAAGAAACUAAUCACAUUGUGUAGUAGUACUUUAUGAUUACUAUUCGUAUACCCUUUCUACUUAUUUACUGACUUACUUAUAUGAUAUACAUAUAUGUUGAAUCAUUUAAGCAGAAUUUUUUGUAUUGUA